AUGCGGCUACUGCGUGGGGCUGUUUUCGCUUGCCUUGCGGCUCUGCCGUUGGCUUUUGCUCAGCAAGAGUCUUCCUCUUCUGCUGCUGCUUCUGCUUUGUCUGCGUUACCGGAAUACCAGAAGUGCAUGUGCACUAACACCGCACUACAACAAGACAUCGAAGGCUGCGUCAUGCGCGCAUGUACAAUUCCACAGUCUCUUGUCACGAAAAAUGCUACCCUCACAGCAUGUGGCGCUCCUGUCAGAGACCACUCACCCCAAUUCAUAGUCCUCAAUGAAGUCAUGGCCAUCAUAACAGGAAUCUUCAUCAUUCAGAGAUUUGGCACAAAGCUCUACUGGAAGCUCCCACUCGGCCUUGACGAUCUCUUCAUUGCACUGACAAUGUGUGUCGCCAUUCCUUCCAUAGUCAUCAACUCUCGUGGUCUCGCUCCCAACGGCAUGGGUCGCGACAUCUGGACCGUUACACCUGAUCAGAUCACUCAUUUUGGAAUGUUCUUCUACACCAUGGCCAUCCUGUACUUCUCACUGCAAACGUUUCUGAAGUUGUCCAUGCUGUUCUUCUACCUGAGAAUCUUUCCGACGCAGAAUGUCAGGAGGUUGCUUUGGGGAACUGUUGCCUUCACAGUUGUCUUUGGGCUGGUGUUUAUCUUCGUGGCCAUCUUCCAGUGUCGACCUAUCAACUACUUCUGGCUGAAGUGGGAUGGACAACAUGAAGGCAAAUGUGCUGAUAUCAACGCGGUUACUUGGUCCAAUGCCGCUAUCAACAUCGCCCUUGACUUUUGGAUUCUUGGCAUUCCCUUAUCUCAACUCAAGUCACUAAACUUGGAUUGGCGAAAGAAGAUCGGCGUUGGCAUGAUGUUCAGCGUUGGUAUCUUUGUCACAAUCAUGAGCAUUCUUCGUCUUCACGCCACAGUCCAAGCCGGCGUCAAAACCACCAAUGCGACAUGGGAAUACCUCGCUGUAUCAAAAUGGUCCACCAUCGAAGGCAACGUCGGUAUCAUCUGCGCCUGCAUGCCUUCCCUUCGAAUUCUUCUCGUCCGCCUGUUCCCCAAGAUUCUUGGUACUUCCCAACGCUACUAUAACUAUGGCAGCAAGAGCAACAAGCAAACGCCUGGCAAUACUCACAAUCGCAGUAUUCCUCUUGGGACAAAUGCUACUUCUCAAGCGGAUCGAUCACAAAGAAGGGUCGACCCUGUCGGCAUUGAAUGUCAUAGGACAUAUGAGGUGGAAUAUGGAGACAAUGAUGAGACAUACUUGGUUCAUAUGAAGGAUAUGGAUCAUAAGAGUGCAAGGUCGGAGGUUAGGUCGGAAACGUCUCUUUAA